AGCAAUUAACGUACAGAAACAUUGACUUGUCAGAGGUCAGAGCAAGGUAUUGGUGGAUCCAGGGAUAAAUCCCAAAUCUCUUAACUGCUUGACCAGUUUUUAGUCCAUUGACUAUGCAGCCUAGUGUAAUAGACUGGAAUGAUGUUAGAAAACACAAAUAUGGUCAUCGCUCAGAGUCUGCAUCCCAGGAUCAAGAAACUGCCGACAUCCUGGAGCUAGGGUUGUGAAGAAGAGUACAUGAGCUAAUGAAUGUGAAAACAUCUUAAAAACUCUCAAAUACUUUUCACCUUUGGAGGAUUUUUAUGAUUUUCAUUCUGUUCAGCGGCUAUACUCAGAUUUUAAGUCAAAUCUUCUGACAUUCUUUGAAGUGAAGCAUUCUGUGAAUAUGAGCUGAAGAAAUGAAUGAAAUGAAAUAAUGCAGCAUCUAGUGUUUUUUGCAUGGCCCAAAGGGGCUCUGUGCUGCUCCACUACAGAGGAAGCUUCAAGAAAUGCUGGUUUGCUACAGUGUUUUAGCUUGUGAGAGUCUCUGGGACCUUCCCUGCUCCAUCAUGGGGUCACCUCUAGGUCAUUUUACCUGGGACAAAUACCUAAAAGAAACAUGUUCAGUCCCAGCGCCUGUCCAUUGCUUCAAGCAGUCCUACACUCCUCCAAGCAACGAGUUCAAGAUCAGCAUGAAAUUGGAAGCUCAGGACCCCAGAAACACCACAUCGACCUGUAUUGCUACAGUGGUUGGACUGACAGGUGCCCGCCUGCGCCUGCGCCUGGAUGGCAGUGAUAACAAGAAUGACUUCUGGCGACUGGUUGACUCAGCUGAAAUCCAGCCUAUUGGGAACUGUGAGAAGAACGGGGGUAUGCUGCAGCCCCCUCUGGGAUUUCGGCUGAAUGCCUCCUCUUGGCCCAUGUUCCUUUUGAAGACACUAAAUGGAGCAGAGAUGGCUCCCAUCAGGAUUUUCCACAAGGAGCCACCAUCACCUUCCCACAACUUCUUCAAAAUGGGAAUGAAGCUAGAAGCUGUGGACAGGAAGAACCCUCAUUUCAUUUGCCCAGCCACUAUUGGGGAGGUUCGGGGCUCAGAGGUGCUUGUCACUUUUGAUGGGUGGCGAGGGGCCUUUGACUACUGGUGCCGCUUCGACUCCCGGGACAUCUUCCCUGUGGGCUGGUGUUCCUUGACUGGAGACAACCUGCAGCCGCCUGGCACCAAAGUUGUGAUUCCAAAGAAUCCCUCCCCUGCGUCUGAGGUGAGCACCGAGAAGCUCGGCCUUCACAGCAGCUCCAGGACUGUCCUGGAGCAGCAGCCAGGGCAGAGGGGACGCAAGCCAGGAAAGAAGCGGGGCCGGACACCCAAGACCCUGAUUCCUCAGCCCAUCUCUACCCCGUCCAAGUCAGCUGAGCCUUUGAAAUUCCCAAAGAAGAGAGGUCCCAAACCUGGCAGUAAGAGGAAACCUCGGACUUUGCUGAACCCACCACCCACUUCACCAACAACCAGCACCCCUGAACCGGAUACCAGCACUGUACCCCAAGAUGCUGCCACCAUCCCCAACUCAGCCAUGCAGGCCCCCACAGUUUGCAUCUACUUGAACAAGAACGGCAGCACCGGCCCCCACUUGGAUAAGAAGAAGGUGCAGCAGCUCCCUGACCAUUUCGGGCCAGCCCGGGCCUCCGUGGUGCUGCAGCAGGCAGUCCAGGCUUGCAUCGACUGUGCUUAUCACCAGAAGACUGUCUUCAGCUUCCUCAAACAGGGCCAUGGUGGGGAGGUGAUUUCAGCCGUGUUUGACCGGGAACAGCACACCCUGAACCUCCCCGCGGUCAACAGCAUCACCUACGUCCUCCGCUUCCUGGAGAAACUCUGCCACAACCUUCGCAGUGACAAUCUGUUUGGCAACCAGCCCUUUACCCAGACUCACUUGUCACUCACUGCCACAGAGUACAGCCACGGCCACGACAGGUACCUACCAGGUCAAACCUUUAUUCUGGGGAGUAGUGUGGCCCGGUCCUUGGAGCCACACUCAGACUCAAUGGACUCCACCUUGAAUCCCACCAGCCUCGUCAGCACCUCCCAAACUCUUCGUGCACCCGGGUACCGGCCCUUACUUCCACCCUGUGGCCUCCCACCGAGCACAGCCUCUGCUGUUCGCAGGCUGUGCUCCAAGGGAAUGUUAAAAGGACCCAAGGGGAGAAGGGAUGCGGACUCCUUUUGGAAACUCAGCCACUCCCCAGGGUCGGACCGGUACCUGGAAAGCCGGGAUGCCUCUAGACUGAGCGGCCGGGACCCCUCCUCUUGGACAGUCGAGGACGUGAUGCAGUUUGUUCGGGAAGCGGAUCCACAGCUUGGACCCCACGCAGACCUCUUCCGCAAACACGAGAUCGACGGCAAGGCCCUGCUCCUGCUGCGCAGCGACGUGAUGAUGAAGUACAUGGGCCUGAAGCUGGGGCCCGCGCUCAAGCUCUCCUACCACAUCGACCGGCUGAAGCAGGGCAAGUUCUGACCCGGGGUCCGGCCGACCCGAGCCCACGCAGGUGGGCGUUCUCCUCCAGGAAGGGGGUCGGCAGCCCACCGCAGGUGCCUCAGCGGGGCUCCAGGCCACCUCGGCACUCCAGGAGGCUGUGCCGAGCCGCCACUGCCACACUCUCCUGCCACGAUGCGUCCUUCCAUGAAGGACUGAGGGCCGGGGCUGGCUGCACUUCCCUCAGCCCGGUGGGGCUCUGCGUCCUCCUCUAUUUAUUUCUCCAGCAUGGCUGCCUCACUGGGAGUCCAGACUGAACACCUUCCGGGUGGUGGGGAGGAGCAGCUCUGGGGCUUGGAAGACAGGGCUCUGAACUGACACUCGUGCCGGGCCUUCAUCACCCCUGGGCGGGGUGGGGCGUGGCACCCCUGGCCCGCAGCUCCUGCCCCUCACCGGACCCCCCCACCCCAGACUCAUGGUGCAGUCCUUUGCCUUUUUACAAAAGGCCUUUUCUUACUGUUAAUUUAUUGUUUCUGGCACUUGGCAAACCCUCUGGUUACUGCUCCUCAUAGCAGACUUGGGCUUCAGGAGGAGGGAGACCAGUCUGUUCUGAGCCCAGAGAGGCCCUCCCCAGAUGCGAGUGGCCCCUUUUCAGAGGACACGACCCUAGGGCACUUCCUCUUUGGAAUGAAUAGGCCCAGAAAGCCCUGACCACGUCGCUUAGCCAGGGAUGGGAAGAGCCCGUCAUCUUCCCCACUGGGCCCUUUGCAGCCUGGACCUCAUCUGUAGGAAUGCGGGUUCCCUGCCCCACGCUGUCCCCCAUCACGGUUCCUAACCCUGGCUGGAACUGCUGCCCAAGACAGCUGGGCCCAGCAACAUUCAGCCGCAGAGGCCGUCGGGUGGGUGGCAGGCCCCAGGCUGGAGGCACCUCCGGCCCUGCUGUCCAUGUGCGUCCUGUAAGCCAGCCCGCGGCACAGCUGCUCCCGCUGCCAGCUGGACUCCUUUAUGUCAGUUUGUUUAUAAAUAAAACCAGUACCGAUGCCA